UUAGUGCUUACUCUGUUUGACGUACUGCAUAGAGGAUAUGCACCUAAAUUUUAGUUUUUAAACCUCUCUAUAUCAGAAAAAAACAUUAGCAACUGAACACUAUUUUGGCAAAAUCUACAAUGAGGUUCGCAAGUACCCUUCAGCCUCAGAUGAUGGUCUGAUGUUGCGUUCUGUUCCAUAGUUCACAGAACCCAGUUGGUUGUCUAUUGCCACGUGCACCUGUCAAUCAAUUAAGGAACUGGCCAAUAAGCGUCGAGUACUCUCCAUCCCAAUUACUAGAAUGUCUGGAUUGAUUACUUGAGCAGGUUCGAGUUGCUUGAUCUGUCAGAAGAUGAGAAAAGCCCAGGUUGAUAUAUGCGAGGAUUUUAACUCUGAGAUUCACCAGAAGUUGAUGAGCUUUUUGGUCUGGAGAUUAUUUUGAAUUUGAUUAUCAGUAUAAUUAUCGUCAUCAUCAUCAUCAUCAACAUUACUGUUGCGUCUUUGAUUGAGCUCUUUUGUGACGUCUAGGCGUCAGACGAGGAGUAGAAAACCCACCUUCGACGGUCACGCUAUACCAAUGAUGGAGCAACGAGUAUACGGGAUGAAUCCCCCGCCAACACUUCACCACUACCCCCACCCUAUCUCAGGGAACUACACAAGCCUUCAGCACCUCCAACACAGCUCGUCCCCCCUGCCAUCCCCUCUUCCGUCCGUCUACGGGGGAAGCAGUCUGGGCUACCACGGGUCAAACAACAUGUCAGAAUGGGGACUACCCCAUACUACGUCAAUGUCGUCAUCGUGUAGUAAUAUUGCAAAUUCUACAGGACUUUUUUCGAGAGACACUUACAAUUACGGCAGUGCGUGUUCCGGUCAGACUCUAAAUACGUGUACGGACAAUGGCUUACGUGGUGUCGCAGAUUACGGUGCUACGUCAGCGAAUGUCAACGGUAUGACGUCAUACUCCUAUUGUAAUAAUGUGAUGAAUAGUAAUACGUUGGAUGUGAACGGGUCCAUGAAACAACAACUGGCUUUAGGUGCUACAGGGAUCGACACAUCAAAAUCAAAUGGUUCCAGUAGUUCAGACAGUUCAUACCAAUUAGACCUAGCAACGAAACCGCGGAAGGAGCGCACAGCGUUCACGAAAUCACAAAUCAAGGAAUUAGAGAAGGAAUUUGCUAUCCACAACUACCUCACGAGAUUACGGAGAUACGAGAUUGCCGUCGCUUUGGACCUAACUGAACGACAGGUAAAAGUCUGGUUCCAAAACCGUCGCAUGAAGUGGAAACGUGUAAAAGGAGCACAACUUGCUAAGGACAAAGUUACAGGGAAACUUCAACCAAUCGUCACGUCUAGCAACCCACCGGCAUUUCACGAACUGCAAGACCACGACCACGCGGGAGGUGCUUCGUCAUGA